CCUCCCCCGCACCCGCGGCUGCGUCCUUCGGCCCUUGCCUUCCAGUAUGCUUGGCAACAACACAUCUCCCCCAAGUUGACGCAACUCUUCGGGCGCCUGGCUGCAGAACCGGAGGCGACGAAUCUGGCUCUGGCUCAGGCAUGGACAUACCUCCCGGUCCUGACUGAGGGCAGCAAGGCCCUUAAGACUGCAGAGAUGUGCUUGACCAACCACCAGCAGCUCAUCGACUUCCAGAUGCAGUGCCGCAACACGGGGGUGCAGCUGGGCUUCCUGGGACCCAUGGGCAAGGUCUGGGAGAACGGAUCUGUGCAAGUCGUUCAGGGCGCGGACUCGCUGCCCUCCGAGUGCCACCCGCGCGACCGCCUGAAGGGCGCUCUGUUGGAGAGCAUCGCCGAGAUCAUAUACAUCCCCAUCUACGACACCGCGGCGACGGUGUCCGGCGGCGUGCUGGCGGUGCUGGAGCUCAUGGUCUCCUCAGAUGCGCACGACCCGCAGGUGGUGGCCAACACCAUCGCCUGCGUGGCCCGCAUCCUGGAUUCCCUGGCCCUGCACCUGAGCUCCUCCGGAUCCACGGGCGAGUGCUGCCCCUGGCACAAGCACCCCGCCCAGCUGGCCGCCCGCGCCCGCGCGCUCAAGCCCCGCCGGCCGGAUCACUUCUGCUUGACCCACGACGCGAUGACCAGCACCAUCCUGUUGGCGGUGCACUGUAAGAAGGGGGAGUCUCUGGACCUGAGAAAGGCUGUGAACACGUAUGUGGCCGGCACCUACGGCGUGCAGGCGGCGGAGGAGGCUGGGGACGACAUGCAGGAGAUCCAGUCCCUGCGCGACGACAUCGUCAACCUGUCCGGCUCCCUGCAGCACCUGCGCCGCACGCUGUCCAAGUACUACCGCAUGCUGGCCCUGAUGGAGUCGCGCUUCCCCCUAUCCAGGUCUCAGGAGGGGGUCAACCUGACCUUCUCCUGGGCGGACGCCUUCAAGCCCUCCAAGCGCGCCGAGCAGGCCUCGCUCGACUUCGAGCGCGCCGCCAUCCUGUUCAACCUCGGCGCCGUGGCCUCGCAGCAGGGCCUGGCCUGCGAGCGCCGGUCCGAGGCGGGUCUGCGCGAGUCGGCGCGCGUGUUCCAGGAGGCGGCGGGCUACUUCGCGGCGCUGCGGGAGGGGCCGUGCCUCAGAAUUGAGCGCCCCGCGCCCAUGGACCUGACGCCCGAGGCGGCAGACAUGCUGUGCCACAUGAUGCUGGCCCAGGCGCAGGAGUGCGUGUUUGAGAAGGCCGCCGCAGACAGGAAGAGCCCGGCGCUGCUGGCCAGGCUGUCCAAGCAGGUGUCCAGCUACUAUGACGACUGCUCCCGCCUGCUGACGUCCGCGCCCCUCACCUCCCACUUUGACAAGUCAUGGGUGGCGCACGCCGGGGUCAAGUCCAUGCUGUACGAUGUGGAGGCCAUCGUGCAGAGCAGCGCGGCCCUGGCCGCCGCCGACCCUCUCGCCGGGGUGGCCCAGGAGAUUGCCCGUCUCAAGGCGGCCCAGAUCGUGCUGGCCCGGGCGCGCAAGGACGCCAAGGCCACCAGCAAGGAGCUGCAGGAGAACGUGGCCGCCAAGGAGAGCCAGGUGGCGCAGCGGCUGGCCAAGGCCGAGCGCGAGAACGCCACCGUGUACUUGCAGCGCGUGCCAGCCGAGGCGGACCUGCCCCCCAUCGCGCCGGCCUCCCUGGUGAAACCAGUGGCGCCCGCAGACCUGGAGGCGGUGGACGACGAGGUGAGAAACCUCUUCUCCUCCGUCAUCCCAGACGCCAGCGCCAAGGCGCUGUCUCGCUACACAGACAUGGUGGACAUCGUGAUCCGGAAAGCCACGGAGGCCCUGGACGCAGCAUCCGACGAGGCGCGGCUGCGGCUGAGGGAGUGGGACCUCCCCGAGGCGAGUGCCCUGGAGGCCGGCUCCGUGGCGGCGCUACCGGAUGCUGUCCGCGCCGAGCUUGAGGAUGUGGAGCGGAGUGGGGGCCUGAAGCACCUCCAGGAGGUGGCCCAGCAAGUGAAGGAGGUGCGCCGGGUGGCGGUGGAGGAGCUGCAGGCGGUGGCGCGGGACCUGGCCAACGAGGAGGCCGACGACGAGCAGCUGAGGGCUCACUACGGCUCGCGCUGGAACCGCGCACCCAGCUCGCAGCUCACGCGGGGCCUGCGCGACAGGGUGGCGGGGUACCAGUCCAACCUGGCGGUGGCUGGGGAGAGCGACUCCAGGUUGGAGCGCCGCCUGGCGGGGGAGUCUGCGGCCUUUGCUGCGCUGGGCAUCGAAGCCGCCGCUGCAGAGAUGCCGCGACUCCAGGCCCCGAUGCUGAGCGUGGACAACAUGGGGCCUGCUGCUGCAGUCACAACGCUGCGGACGGCGCUGGAGGGUCUGGACACCCUCAGCGCCCAGCGCGCCAGCCUGGAGGAGGGGCUCAAGGAACGCAAGCAGCGGGACAACGUCCUGCCCAAGCUCCUGGCCGCGCCACGGGAUGCUGAGGCGCUGUUCAGGGAGGAAAUCAAGAAAUACGACGACCUGGUGGACGAGGUGGACGCCAAUGUGGCCAAGCAGGGCCAGCUGCUGGCAGCCAUCAGGCCCGCGCUGGCGACCUACAAGGCCGACUACGGCUACGAGGACUGGAAGCGGGCCUGCAACGGUGCUGCCGCGGGCAUCAGGCAGCAGUGUGCACGCUUCAAGGAGCUGCAGGACAACCUGGCAGAGGGCCUGAGAUUCUACAUGAGCCUGCAGGAAGCCAUCGCGCAGCUGCGCCAGCAUGUCGGGGAUCACAUCCUCACACGUCGUAUGCAACGGUGCGGGAGCGAGUGA